AUGAGAGAUUAUUGUUCCCCAGUUCCAACAACGUCAGGCACGGGCAGUGAGACUACAGGUGUGAGUAUUUUUGACUACGAGCCUCUCAAAGCUAAGACAGGUAUUGCAAACAGAGCUCUGCGGCCGACGUUGGGGUUAGUGGAUCCUCUUCACACUCUCUCUCUGCCGGAGAAAGUCUGCGUGUACAGUGGGUUUGACGUGUUCUGUCAUGCGUUGGAGUCUUUCACCGCCAUCCCUUACACAGAGCGGGGCCCGAGGCCUGAGAACCCCAUACUGCGCCCUGCCUACCAAGGGCAGAACCCCAUCUCCGAUGUAUGGGCCCGUUUCGCCCUACAAGUCAUCCGCAAGUAUUUCAAGAGAGCUGUGUACCAGCCAGAUGACCUAGAGGCACGUUCCAACAUGCACAUGGCCUCCACCAUGGCAGGGGUGGGCUUUGGCAACGCGGGGGUUCACCUGUGUCACGGCCUCUCUUACCCCAUAUCUGGAAACUGUAAAACCUUCCAACCCAAGGACUACAGCAAUGAUCACCCCAUCAUCCCGCACGGUCUGUCAGUGGUCAUGUCUGCUCCAGCCGUGUUCCAGUUCACCAGCUCUGCUUGUCCUGAACGCCAUCUAGAGGCUGCUGAACUACUCGGCGUCGACGUGUCAAACGCCAAGAAGAGUGACGCAGGAGCCAUUCUAGCAGACACUGUGAGAGGCUACAUGCAGACAAUGAAGGUAGAGAAUGGACUGGGAGAGCUUGGCUACAAGAAAGAUGAUAUUCCCGGUUUGGUUCAGGGCACACUUCCUCAGCAUCGUAUCACAAAACUUGCACCUCGAGAACAAAGUGAAGAAGACCUGGCAAAGCUGUUUGAAAGCUCAUUCCAAGUUUACUGAUAACUUGAGUUUUAUAGACUCCGUAACUUGAAGGAUUGUGAUUACCAAAUUGAUAAGUCAACAUAUUGGUCCAGGGCAGGUGAUAACAGCUUCUGGAACAAUUUGGAAAAUUCAAGUCAAUGGUACUUGUAUGGAAAGACAGUGGUAUCUUAAUUAUUCCACUUUCUCAAAUAUCAAGAGUCUUUGACUUACCAGGGAAGGGAUAUAUUUACAACAUUUUGAGAGGUUUAGAUUGCUGCAUUAAGGUGUCAUUGCUUACUCAGGCAACAAAACUUCAAACCCGUUUACAAGAUAAGACUGAACAAAGUGCCAUGUAUUCUUUUACUAUAGUAUAAAACAUCACUGUCUCAUCAAACGUUUAUAAUGUUUAGGAUGAACAUAGCACUAUACUUUUUAACAAAGGCUAGUGAGAGAUUGCACUGAGAACAUUAUUUCUCUGUAUUUUGUUUAAAGAUUUAAUGUUGAUAUUUUUAUUAAAAAAGUACAUCAUUGUACAAAGACCCUGUCUCAACAAGCCAAAUAAUUGAUGAUGAAACAUAGUAACAUAGACAAAAAGAAUUAAAUAUAGACCGUCAGCUGUGCUGCGGUUACCAUAGGUUCUAGCGCACAACGCUGAGAGCGCCACAUAGUUACGGCGUACACACUACGUAACUACACGGCACUCCCAGCGGUGUGCGCCAGAACCUAUGGUAACCAUGGUAACUAAAGCACGGCUGACAGUCUUUUAUUAUUUUUUUCUAUGAUAGUAACUUAAGUACCUAGUUAAAUAGUGGUCCAUAUUUUAUUAUUGCAGUUUUAUACAUUCAGCUUCAUGCUGCUGAUUAUAUAAACAAUUUUUGUAAAUUCUAUGCAUAUAUAUUUUUAUUAUUUUUAUCAUGAUUUUUAGAUCUAGCUCUUGUAUAAUGUAAGAACUU